AUGGCGGCUUCCCGGCCCAAUAUUGUCUUCAUCAUGGCUGAUGACCAUGCUUCAAAAGCCAUCAGUGCAUACGGGGCAGGCAUCAACCAAACGCCCAAUAUCGACAGGUUGGCGAUUGAGGGUAUGAAGUUCAACCACUGUUAUGUCACCAAUUCGAUCUGCACCCCAUCGAGGGCCGCCAUCCUGACCGGAACGCAUAACCAUGUCAACGGCGUUAUGACCCUGGACAACAAAAUCAACAAACAUAUGCCUAAUGUUGCCAAGCACCUGCGGGCCGGCGGCUACCGAACCGCCAUGGUUGGCAAAUGGCACAUGGGCGAGGGCGCCGCUCAUGAACCGACGGGAUUCGAUUACUGGUCCAUUCUACCGGGACAAGGCGACUAUUGGGACCCCGAGUUCAUCGAGCCGAGCGGCGAGCGGACGGAGAUUGGGUACGUCACCGAUAUUAUCACUGACAAGUGCCUCGACUGGGUCACCCAAACCAGAGACAUGGACAAGCCCUUUUUUGUCAUGUGCCAUCACAAGGCACCCCAUCGGUCGUGGGAGUGUGAUGACAAGCACAAGGGCCUUUAUGCCGAUAAACCGAUCCGCGUGCCGGAGACGUAUGAUGACGAUUAUAAGAACCGCGCCAAAGCGGCCAAGGUGGCCAAGAUGCGCGUGGCGGAAGACUUGACGUACCAGGACCUCGGCCUCGUACAGCCAGAUGGGGGCAAUCGCGUUGGUGAGAGGGUCGUUCAAGAGUCUGGCUCGAGCCAGCGCAAGAUUCCCACCGACGCAAGUUUCCUUAUCGACAAGGAAGAUGGAACUGUCUUCCGCUUCCAAGACAGCAAAGAGCUCGCUGAAUUCAAGUUUCAGCGGUACAUGCAGAGAUAUCUGCGUGUGAUCCAGUCGGUCGACGAUAACGUCGGUAGAAUCCUCGACUACCUGGAUGAGAACAAUCUUGCGGACAACACGAUGGUCAUUUACACUUCAGACCAGGGGUUUUUCUUGGGAGAACAUGGAUGGUUCGACAAACGCUUCAUGUACGAAGAGUCGUUUCAGAUGCCGUUCUUAAUACGGUAUCCGACUGAGAUCGCCAGAGGCUCGGUUUGCGACGACAUCAUUUGCAAUGUAGACUUUGCGCCGACGUUUCUUGACUUCGCAAAGCUGAUAACGCCGAGCUACAUGCAAGGACGGUCCUUCCGGCCACUAUUGCAAGGUCAGACACCGUCGAAUUGGCAGCAGGUCGCGUAUCACCGUUACUGGAUGCACAAUGAUGUGAUCCACCAGGCGUAUGCGCACUACGGGGUGCGAGACCAGAGAUACAAGCUGAUCUACUGGUAUAACGAGCCCCUGGAUGUUGCCGGCGCGAGGCCAGGGGCGGCAGACGAGAAGGAGUGGGAAUUGUUCGACUGCGAGAAAGAUCCUCUCGAGCUCUUCAACGUAUACCACGAGACAGAAUACCAGUCUGUAGUGACGGCGAUGACGAAGCUGCUGGAGCUCAAGAUGGCGCAAAUUGGCGAUGAUCCAGUUCACUUAGGAACGCCAUGA